CGUCCAAAAAAGUUUCCCCCUAUCACCGACCUCCAACCACACGUUCCAUGCGGCCUCCUUCCCGAUCUCUACAGCAUCCUCGGUGACAAUGGCCGGGCCUUCGCCUUCUCCUCAUAAACCAAGGCGGAAGGCCAAGCGGCCUUUGACGAGCAAGCUCAGCACUGACAGCUCGGUCGAGCCGCUGGCUCGCUCCCCGGCAUUUCCGCUUGCUGCGUUUUUGUGGCCCGCGAGGGGCACCGUAUCGCAAUGGGAGCUUUUACCCCUGAUACUGAUGGCUGCGGGGCUCUUCAGGUGGGCGGCAGGGCUAUGGGGCUACUCUGGAUUUGAGAAACCGCCCAUGUUUGGCGAUUACGAAGCCCAGAGGCACUGGAUGGAGAUCACAACACAGCUACCCAUAUCCCAGUGGUACUUCCACGACCUCGAGUGGUGGGGCCUCGACUACCCGCCCCUGACGGCCUACCACAGCUGGCUCUGUGGAAAGCUCGGUUCGCUCAUCGACCCAUCCUGGUUCGCCCUUUUCUCGUCCCGCGGCUCGCACGAUCCGACGCUCAAGGUCUUCAUGAGGGCCACCGUGCUCGUGUCGGAGUAUCUGGUGUACGUCCCUGCCGUCGUGGUCUUCGUACGGCGCUAUAGCAGACUGAGCGGUGUCGCAAACUGGUCGGCCUCGGUCGCCUUAGUUGCCAUUCUGAUGCAACCCGGCACGAUCCUGAUCGACCACGUCCACUUCCAGUAUAACACCGUUAUGCUUGGAUUCGUCGUCGCAAGCAUGUCUAGCAUGCUCGCUGGUCGCAAUCUCUGGGCCGCCGUUUUCUUCGUAGCGGCGCUUGGUUUCAAGCAAAUGGCCCUGUACUACGCCUUCUCGGUGUUUGCGUACCUCUUGGGAAGCUGUACUUUUCCGCGGAUCAACGUUCCACGCUUUCUCGCGAUUGCGGCAGUCACUAUCCUAUCGUUUGCUAUCCUGCUAUUGCCACUUGUGGUCGGCACCCUCUACGACGUGAAGCGCGGGGUCGACUCACGUCCCGAUAUUGAUGGACCUCGCCCGCCUCUGCCGUUAUUUCAAGGCCUCGUUCGCUACCUGGACACGGAAGCUUUUUACUACCCCGUGGUCGAGCAGCUGGUUCAAUUGAUACACCGCAUCUUUCCCUUCGCUCGCGGCCUGUUCGAAGACAAGGUCGCCAAUUUCUGGUGCGCCUUGAACGUGAUAAUCAAGAUCAAGAAUUUUCCGGCCGAGUUGUUGCAACGCGUCGCCUUGCUAGCAACAUUGGCGUCGGUCAUCCCUCCCAAUAUCGUUCUCUUCUUCCGACCGAGAAAAGAUCUGCUGCCCUUGUCUUUUGCAUCGACAGCAUGGGGGUUCUUCUUGUUCAGUUAUCAGGUUCACGAAAAGAGUGUCCUGCUCCCCUUAAUGCCAAUGACCUUGCUCCUGGCUGGGAGCCACGGGCUCAGCAGGAGCACCCGUGCGUGGGUCGGCUUCGCCAACAUUCUCGGCUGUUGGACAAUAUUCCCUUUGUUGCAGCGGGUUGACUUGGCGGUGCCGUACACGGUGUUGACACUCCUCUGGGCAUAUCUCCUGGGCCUGCCUCCGACUUCGCUGAGCCUGUACUUCUACGAAGGCGCCGGCGGUUGGUCCCACUGGGCUACACUCUUCAUACAUUGCUCGUUCUACCUGGCGAUGGCGUUCUGGCACGUCCUGGCCCUAUUUCUAUCGCCUCCUCCAGACAAGCCGGAUCUAUGGGUGGUGGCUAAUGUCGGCGUCGGCGCCGCUGGUUUUUCUUUGUGUUACCUGUGGUGUCUUGGGAGACUGGCGGUGGAGAGCGAAAUUCUGCCCAGGUCGUGGUUCGCAUCGAAGGAGAAGACGAAGACCCAAUAGAGGUCGACCCGGGAAGGCUUGCGUGUGAGAGCUUACAGUUUUAUACCCAAAACCACCCGGAUCUCCUUUCUACAGAUCUGUUGGACAGCCGAUCACCGGUACCGUUUUGACUCGAAAUGGGCUCCGACUGCUGAACCUCGAAUCGAUCCUCUCUCGGCUGCCGAUCCCGACCCUGAGCGCUAGGCCGGCCGAGAGCAACAACCAACGUGGGAGCGGCCUGAGCACGAUUAGAAGUCCUAGCACAUGGGUCCAAUAGGUCUUCAGAUUCGAUCGAUCCUCGAAGAUGGAAGUGUUGUAGUUGUAUGGAGCAGUGUUCGGCGCCUCAACUCGGCCCGACGUGUACCACGGAUUUAGCAACUGCCCCGCUUUCGGGAUCUGCACCCGGCCGACGGUGGGUCCCGGCUCAUGACUGAACCGAUUGUGGACAGCAAAGGAUUUUAUACCAGAUAAGCGACUUUCGCAGGCCGUAUGUGAAUCCCUUCCA